CCUUGUGUAAAUUAAUGUAUAUUGAUUUUCCUCCACCUCUCUGUCUCGCCACUCUCUGGCUUGUAUCAGUGUUUUCUGAACAUAACAGAAUACUUUUUUCCUCUGCCCCCAAAAUGAGAAUAUUAACGCCAUCUUCUGUAUCUUCAUUAUUUCCGUCCUCAAGUACAUUUCAUUUUUUUGCUGUCCUUUUAAUUGAGCGAGUUAAAAGCAUAAUUAGCAUUUCAAUCUUUCCUACAGUCUCCCUCCGUCCUCCUCCUCGCUCUCUCUCUCUCUCUGACUCUACAUGUCUCUGUCGCUAAGGCAACCAAUGCCUUUUCCUACUCGCUCUCUAUAUCUCCCCCUUUCUCACUGUCUCCCUCAUUCCCUCUCUCUUCAGCCAGAGAGAGAGAGAUGAUCGGAGGAGUUGGGGCUCAGUGAACAGAACGAAGCGAUGGAGAGAUGCUCCAUCUCUCCUGUCAAACGACUGACCACCCACCGCUGCCUUUUCUUUCUCCUGGUUGCCGCGGUGACGCGACCCUCAACCUGUAACCGUGACAAUGAGGGCGAGGGGCAGGUGGAGGCCUUCUCAGCCCAGCUGUCCAUCACAGGACAGGUCACACCCACCCCUAUUUGGUCCGUGGACUGGGGCCCCACACUAGCCCUGGAGGACGAGACGCAUCACUUCCUGUCCAGCCAGGAAGUGGACCUGUACCACCAUGGCCACGAAGUCCCCACGACAACCGCUGAGGCCUGGCUGCAUCAUCAGAGUGCACCGGGCAGCGUUUUGCCCCAGGAGCCCCUGGAUCUGCUGGAGGCCCCGGACGCAGAGGGAGUGGAGGAUGGAGGAAGUGAGGCGGAGGAGAGAGAGCCUGAGGAAGUGGACCCUCAGUUUUACGUCACAGUGACCAUCUCCUCUCUGCUCAUCCUGACUGCUGUCAUCAUAACAGCCAAACUCUGUUACGACCGCAGCUGUUCCCAGCACCCGCCCCCGCUUUCCCGUGGCGUGGCCCCCCCCCCUCUCUCUCGCCCUCCCUCGUUCCCUGGCUCUGGAGGACAGCCGGCAGACGCUGCACGGCACCCCCUCCUUUACCGACAGGGAGAGGAUCCCCGUGGUGAACCUCUGAGGCUUUUCUACGGGAUGCGACGGGAAACGUCAACACCGCCGGAGGGUGUGCCCGCCGUGGCCCACCGCGUUCUUCUAUUUAUCUUUGACUGUGAAAAUGAACAUCAGGAAACCAGGUAUCCAGCCAUGGCAAAACCUCUUUUUCCCUCCAUCCCUUCUUCCUGACGGAGAAAAGCCCAAUCUCAUCCCUUCCUUCCUGCUGCCAUCCUCCCACGCCUCUGUUCUCCACUUUCCUAUGGCUCUCUGUCACUGUCGACCGACCGAGCCUUCCGCUCUGUUUUAUAUUCCGUUGUCUGUACUGCCCCGGGCUGUAGCAGCAACACAUGUACAGCUCCCUCUGCUUUAUCCGCUUUGACUAAUUCACAAGCAAACAGUGUUAGAUAUCAAUAGAACGUUUCAUUCCCGCCGGUGCCAAAACCGCAUAGCUAUAUGGGGAAUAUUUUGGAAUAUUCAUACAGCUAUCUUGUGUAGCUGAACCUUGAACUAUGAUGAAAUAGUGGACUUGGUUGUUGAAACUUAGUUGAACGUGAAAUAUGUGUGUUAUCUGAAACUGAAAUAUGGGUGUUCAGCUAGCUGGUGAAGGGUUAAAACGAUCUCUGUUUCCUAGGACUGAAGGGGGUAUUUCACAAAGCUGGUUGGCAAUGUUUUCGCCAGUAGCCAAUGUGCUUAACACGUCACGGUCCAAAAAUCGCUGUUUACUCCCGCUUGGAAGCUUGGAAUGCAAAUAGGCCCACUGCAGCUUCCACAUUCGCAAUGUCUUUUCUGGGUGUUUUUUUAAUUCCCGAAAUUAUUCUCUUCAUUUGUUCCUUUAAUUUUCUCGCUUCUUUGCCGGUUCUCUUUGUUGUGCCUUUGUGAGCGUGUUAUUUUGUCUCUGGAGCAUGGGGAUGAGCAGUGUUUUAUAUAGUACUGCUCUAAUAUAGGGUUGUGAAAUUCUGUACUUUUCCCAAAACUCCCAGGUUUUUCAGCCAAUCCCGGUUGGAAGAUUCCUGGAAUUAGGAGGGAAGGAAAUACAGGAAUUUCCCAACUGGGAUUUCUGGAAAACCAGGGAACUUGCGGGAAGUUAUCCUUGUUGUAUAUGACAAUAGUGGUGUAAACAAUGUGCAAUACAUGUUUGCAUAUAUUGCAAUCAGUACAAUCAAACGAUACAUGUGGUACAAUCAAUGGUGGUUGCAGGUUAACAUAAUGGGUAUAAAUGAUUCAGUCCAGAAUUAAUGAGUCAUAUUACCAUCAUCUGUUGUUUCUAUCAAAAUUCUUCAGACUUCAAAGCUUACACUAGUGUUUACUGUAGGAUGUUAGGGUAAUUUACCUGUCCAACUCUUCCACCAGCUUUGAGAAAUGACCCUCUGGACUUCCACUACACUAGUACACAUAGUGUUGUGACAUCAUACGUGACUCGUGUCGUUCUGCAGUCUAGUGUUCCUUGGUUCUCAGUAGCAUACCUGUAGACGUGUGGUUCCACUGUAUGAUGGAAAAACAAUAAAAAUUCAACACUGGUGUUUUACCACGGUAUCCGACUGGACUUUACUGGCCAGUGGCUUUGGGUCAGCCUUACAGGAGAACAAUGGAUAUAUCUCAACUGGCCUGAGUUGCCUCCUUUCCUUCAUCCGUCCUAGGUUGAAGAUACCCAGGUUAUGACAACCUAAUAAUUCCACGAGGAGACUUGUGAAAAAGAAACAGAUUCAUGGGACAGGUGCUGUUGCUAACUAGCAUCCCCGAUCCCUUCGUUUAGAAUCCUACCUCAUUUAUGCAAAGACAUAUGGGAUAUUACAAUUAUUAUGUCUUAACCAUUAUCUCCAACCUAGCAUCUGUACUAAACUUUAUGAUGAGAAGGAGAAGAGAGAUUGUCAUAAAAGAGACCAGGAAAUUCACAUGGGAGCCAUGUGUUCUAAUUGUGUCAUUCAAAUCCAUUAACUGCGAGUUCCAUUUGGCUUCUAGUGCAGAUCAGAGCCAUGUAUUAAAAUAUAAAUAUAUGGCACUGGUGCAGUUAUACUUCCUGAUCAUGACAAUCUCUCUUCUUCUCUAUUUUAUCCUAGGUCAUGUCAGGUCUACACUACAUCAUCCUAAACUAAUGUGCUUUCGAAUCUGUAAUAAGAUACAGGAGAGCAAACCACUUUACACUGUUGAGACAUACCCAUAGAAAAUCCUACAUUUACUGGAAGUAUUAGAAGCUGCGGUGUGAGAGAGACAGAGGACAGUGUCUGCUGUUGCUUUUUCAUUUCCUCUGGGCAUUUUAAUGAUCAAUCAAAGUAAUUGAUUGGCUGAAGUCCACUCCAAAGUUAACUACUGGCUGAUUAUGAGUCCAACCAGCAGACGCUGUAGAGCUCCGUAGUCUGUGUGUUUAAGGAAGGACACACAGUUAGGUAUACACAUGCAAAGUCACAUCUGAAGUUUUACGCACAAAGUAUCCCUCACAGCCACAUAAACACACGUAACCUUUAUUUAACUAGGCAAGUUAGUUAAGAACAAAUUUACAACAGCAGAUGCUGGGCCAAUUGUGCGCCACCCUAUGGGACUCCCAAUCACGUCCGGAUGUGAUGCAGGAUUCGAACCAGGGACUGCAGUGACGCCUCUUGCAAUGAGAUGCAGUGCCUUAGACCACUUCGCCACCUAGGUGUACAGCUGCUAAAACUCACAGCUCCCAUCUGGUAGGAACCGAGCAAACUGUCAAACAGUAAAGCUCAAUCACACUGACUGAAAUUAACACGGCUAUUUAUAGAGAGGGACGGAAAGGGGGAGAAAAAAAGUUGGGAAGUGGAAAUGGGGUUAAAACGGAAUAGGAUCAUUUCCCUGUCUCUCCAUCCCCCAUUUCUCUCUCUCUCUGUGGGUUCCAUGGGAGUUAAUAGCUACCAUUAACGUCAUGCAGGAUAGGGAGAGAGGGUUUUUAGAGAAAACAGAGGGAGGCGGAGGAGAGAGAAAGAAAGCGAGCGAGCGAAAAAGAGACAGGAUUGAGCGUGUGAUUGGGGGGGAGGGAGGGCAGACAAUUCCGACAGGCAAUUUUGACGGUGAAAUAGAAGCUUUGGGCAAAAUAUACCGAUAUCAAAUAGACACACAUAGGGCAUUCAUGUCUGAUGUGUGUAUGUGGCAGAGAAAAUGAGGCUGAGAGAGUGUGUGUAACCAAGCCGACUGAUCACAAGGGUAGUUCCAGCGCUCUAAUAUAUUAGUCUCUUUGGGGAUAACCUAAUUAAGGGUCUGACCUAACACAGAUAUCCCCCUUCUGUGAGUUAACAUUUAGCUAGUGAUGCAACCUCCAAUUGCACUUUGAAGUAUGCCCAAAAAAACAGAGACUAAAUGAAUAGAGGGGGUUCAAUUUAUUACCAACAAUUAAUAUCCUGAUUUUAUACGUCUCAACUCAACCCUCAGAAGAAAAAAAUACAAACAAACAAAUAGUGUAACACAGAGUACACACAUCAAAUACACACAUUCAGUU